AUGUCGCAUGCGCUUCAAGGACUUUCGGAUAGACCACCGCUGGCAAGUGAAGAGUCGUGGACGCCAGACACUUCAUCGGAUAUGUCAGAUGUAGAUGGAGUAACUCGAUUAAAGCCCAAAGCCAUGGAAGAUGAAGCGGAUCCACGAAGCAGAAGCACAACAGCUAUACCAUCGGACGGGAGCGAUAUUGAGAUACCCUAUGACGAGACGGGCUUUAAGAAGGAGAAGGGAAAACACAGAAAGAGCGUACAGGUCGUAAUUGAAGAAUCCCGCAAGAAUGGCAAAUACACAGUCACCACGGAAGACCCAGAGUUCCGUAAGCUUCUGCGAUCUGGACUGCAGCGAGACACCAACAGACUCGGCUCGAGCUCCAAGAACCGGCCCCGAGACCUCGUCUUUACGCGGCAAUUCACGACAUUCGACCGCCAAAAUGCAUCCGCUGCACAGUCUCCUUUUCACGGAUUCUUCACAUUGUUUUGGAUUUCCAUGGCUCUGCUGCUCGCACGAAUUGCUGCAUGGAACUACAAGAUGAAAGGCUCGAUCUUCGGAGAUGCAGAGAUUUUGCAUUUGAUGGUCGACAGGGAUCUGUUUGUUAUGUUGACGACGGAUGUAGCUAUGUGCGCUGCCACUAGCUUUGGUUUCUUCCUGCAUAAAGCCAUUGCUAAAGACUACUUGACUUGGAAUGGAUCGGGUUGGAUUAUUCAAUCCGUAUGGCAAACCUUCUUCACUAUCACCGUAAUGUGGAUCACCUUUUGGCGGGACUGGCCAUGGACGCACACCGUCUUCAUCGUACUUCAUGUAUUCGUCCUGCUGAUGAAGCAGCACGCGUAUGCAUUCUAUAAUGGUUAUUUGUCUCGCGUGUAUAGGCGGCGAAACCUCCUCCAACAGAAGCUGCACCAAUUGGACGAUAUGAAGGCCCAAAAGAGCCCUUCACCAACAUCGCCCGAUGCGAAAACUUUGGCUGCUACCGGCAUUGACGACCCUGACAGUAAUGGUCUCACACACCGACGAAGCCGCGGCCCCAAGUACUCAACCGACUUCACCGAAGAAGAGUCAGAAAUUGCGUCUAUUGGUCAAGCAAUCGAGGCUGGUGAAGCACUCGAUGCAGAGCAAAUCGAAGCGUUCAAUCGUGUCCUCACUACCGAAAUCACGAUCCUCGACGAGGAGCUACGUGGCAAAUGCACUACGACCGAUAAUGUGUACCCCAACAACCUCACCCUGUACAAUUUCUUCGAAUGGGCCUGUUUGCCUACCCUCGUCUACGACCUCGAGUAUCCCCGCCAGGAGCGUGUGAACUGGUGGUAUGUCGCUGAGAAAUCGGCCGCCACAUUGGGAGUCAUCUGGACAAUGAUCAUUAUUUCACAAGCAUACAUAUACCCAGUAGUCAUCGAGACCGUAAAGCAGAAGGAAGCCGGAAUGUCGCUGGACGAACGGUGGAAAGAGUUCCCCUGGGUCGUCAGCGACAUGCUAUUUCCCAUGCUUCUAGAGCAGCUGUUAGCAUGGUACGUCAUAUGGGAGUGUCUUCUCAACGUACUUGCUGAGAUCACACGCUUUGCAGACCGUGGCUUUUACGGCGCGUGGUGGAAUAGCGUGAGCUUCGAUCAGUACGCGCGCGACUGGAAUCGGCCUGUACACAAUUUUCUACUCCGCCACGUCUACCAUUCGUCGAUAUCUUUCUUUCACUUGACAAAGAUGCAAGCGACAUUUUUCACAUUUCUGCUGAGCGCAGUGGUGCAUGAAGUUCUCAUGUUCUGCCUAUUCAAAAAGGUUCGGGGCUAUUUGUUUACGUUCCAGCUGACGCAGUUACCGCUCGCCGCCUUCAGUAAGACCAAGUUCAUGAAGGGGAAAGACACGUUGGGAAAUAUUGUGUUUUGGUUUGGGCUUUUUAUAGGCCCCAGUGUAAUUACGAGUCUCUACCUCAUAGUGUAG